AUGCCGUUGGAGCGUGCGGAAAUUGACGAGACCUUAGCGCGUCAGAAGCGUGACCUCGAGCUGAUCGCAAACUUUCAGUCAAGGGAUUAUGCGCUCUUUCCUCAUACCGAGGAACUCAAGGGUUGCACAUAUUUUAAGGAGAACCUUUACGAGUCAGGGUUGUUGGCCUAUAUGUCGGCGAAGUCGUGGCUAACCGAGCGCAUUGCCGCAAGAACGAUGCCUAUGCUAAGCGGUGGACCUGCGUGCAGAUCUGGUUCAAUUGUUUCGACCUCGACUUCCCAACUCGAACGCGUCAAGCUCCCGAAAUUCGACGGGACUCAAAGGGAUUGGCAGAGCUUCAAGAGCAAAUUUCAAUCGCUCGUCUUGAACGAUCCGAGCAUAACCGCGGUCAUUAAAUUUCAGCAUCUUCUCAACUAUCUAAAAGAAGAGGCUGGAGGCAAGCUCAAGGGACUGGAGGUCACCGGAGAGAAUUUUACUACUGCCUGGGAGUCGCUCUGCAGUCGAUACGACAACAUUUUUCUCAGGUUUUCCACUCACUUCAAUGCGUUGCUCACGCUGCCUUUGUCGGCUAAGGAGACAAGCGCGCAUUUGAGUGGCCUUCUCAAUACGACUAACGAAAGCAUAAACGCCUUCAAGUCACUGAAGCUUCCUGUUGAACACUGGGAUAUGGUGUUCAUUCAAUGCAUCGAGUCCAAGUUAGCUCCUGCAACACGCAUGGACUGGACGAAGGAGGUUGAAACCUUUCAGGACGGUUUCUUCCCGAAAUUUGAACUUUUUAAGAAGUUUCUUGAAGACCGGAUCCAGACCUUGGACAGAAUCGAGGCCGUAACUCAGGCAUCAGCAGAUUCCAAGGGCAAAUCAUCUAACGGUCAGCAGAGAAGCUCGGGCAAGCAACCAAAGGGGAAGUGCACCGCUGUUCACACGAUAGUUUCCUCCUCUUCAAAAUCGAACAGUUCGAAGUCCUCGGACCCUGGUUCCUGUGCGCAUUGCCAAGCACCACAUUUCAUCAGCAAGUGCAAAGGUUUUACCGCUCUUUCGCAAGGCAAACGAAAGCACCUUGCUGCCAACAAAGGUCUUUGCACAAAUUGCCUCAGCAACCGUCACAAGGUCGACGAGUGCAAAUCUCAAGGGCGGUGGCUCGUGUGCGCUGGGUUGCACCACACGCGACUUCACCAAGACGGACAGCAUUCCGGAUCUACAACGCAACAUCUCUCUGAAUCCUCAGGGGAAACCACCACGCAUGUUACAUCCAGCUCUCCUCAGAUUCUUAGUGAGUCCUGCGGCACUGAGCAACUUCUAACGACGGCCGUAGUCACCUUGCAAUCUGAGACUGGAGUGUCUCUGACUGUGCGCGUGCUCCUGGAUUCCUGCGCAGAGCAAUGCAUCGUUUCGGAAUACAUUGUCCAGGCGCUCAACUUGAAGCGCAAACCCGCUCACCUCAUUGUCAAUGGCACGGGCGGCACUCCAAAUACCGUUACUCAGAGUCGCUUCUCAGCUCUGGUGUUGAAGAAGGUCUCCAAUCUGGUGCCCAAACGGCAGGUCAAGAGGUGGAGCCAUCUUGACGGUUUUCACCUAGCCGACCCUCACUACGGAGCGCCCAGCAGAGUGGACUGCAUCCUCAGCUCGGCAGUUUUUGGCGCCGCUAUGCUACCUGGAGUGCAGAAGGCUGUGAAUCCUUUUGAGGCUCCGAUAGCGCACGAAACCGUUUUCGGUUGGGUCCUCAUGGGCAGCGCAGAACCGAACAACGAUCUCAGCGAAAGGACUUCCGUGCAUCACGUCUCUGUCGACCAUGAGCUUACUAAAGCCGUGGCCAGGUUCUGGGAGACAGAGGAGGUCCCGCGUGUGCAUCAACUGGCGCCGAGCAACCAGGACUGUUGGGACGAAUUCAAGAAGACGACCUUCCGCAACAAAGAGGGUUGCUACGUUGUACGGCUGCCCUUCUCCGAAACCCCUCAAUUUUCUGGCAUCGACACGACAGCGCGGGCCUGCAUGAUGCGUCUUGAACGUCGAUUUGCCAAACAACCGGACGUCGCUUCCGCAUACUCUGCCUUCAUGCGCGAAUACAUCGAUCUCGGCCAUAUGGAAGUGGUUCCGGAGAGCGAGGUGGCUACAAACCAGGCCUAUUAUCUGCCACAUUACCCCGUUUUUAGAAGGGAAAAUUGUGGAGGAUCUAUUGGUCGUGCUGUUGAGAUGGUGCUUCUUCCGGUAUGCAUUCACCUGCGAUGUGGUGAAAAUGUUUCGCCAGAUGUUAAUACACCGGCAGGAUUUGGACUGGCAGCGCAUCUUCUGAAGGUUCUCACCCGAGACGCCGUUGCUUUCGUACCGCCUGCUCACGGUGACAUAUGGUACCGCCUCUGCACCGUUUCACGCCAACGCCUGUCUAUUGGACUUCGCCGAAGCGGAGGCGCAUCGCUUUUUACUCGGGUCCAAGCUGCUCCGAAAAAAUCGCUAUGUGGACGCUUUUUUGGCGGGGGAGACACACCCGAGAAAGCGGCAGCUGCUAAGACAGAACUUGUUGGCAUUCUAUCCUCCUCGGGUGGACAAAUGGCCAAUCACGCCGACCUUUUUGGUACAGCUGAGCCGCUGCAUCACAGAAGGCUCACAGCAAGCGACGCAGUCUCGACCUUGGGCCUGAAGUGGCUGCCUCACACGGACGUCUUCAACUUCAAGGUGCGGCUUCCGCCGUCACCUCCUGCAGUAACAAAGCGCGCAAUUUUGUCUCAAAUUGCCACGCUGUUUGACCUAGUGGGCUGGGUGUGUCCAGUGGUCAUACGGGCGAAGCUGCUUCUCCAAUGCCUGUGGCUUCAAAGUGUAGACUGGGACGCUCGAGUCACAGGUCGACUUGCACAGUCCUGGCUUACAUACCGGACGGAGCUGACGGAUCUGGAGGCCAUAAACAUUCCACGCUGGCUGGGUACCAGUGAGAUUAUGGAGUGGCAUCUCCACGGCUUCUGCGACGCUUCUGAGCAGGUAUUGGAUCCUGCGCGCAAACACGUCGAUCCGACGCAUUGUGCGGAGCUUGUCAGGUGCGAGCGUCACAACGCCAUCACCCUCGAGCAGCAGAUGGCACCGCUGCCGGCCAUCCGAGCUAAACCGGCGCUACCAUUUGCACACUCUGGAGUCGACUUCGCCGGCUACUUCUGGGUGAAGGCUUCUCCUGGGCGAGAUCAAAAGACAUCGAAAGAGUACGUGGCGGUGUUUGUGUGCCUUGUAAUCAAGGCCAUCCAUUUAGAGCUGGUCUCUGACUUGACCACUGACGCAUUCUUAGGCAUACCAUCGCUUUACCGUCCGGCGUGGUCUCUGUCGGGUCAUCUACACCGACAACAGUACCACCUUCAAGGGCAGCAAGGCCAAACUGCAUAG